AACAAAUAAUCAUAGAAUAUGUCUGAUAACAGCAGCGAAGAAAAUUCAACAAGUAGUCGUGAAAUAGAUAUGCAGCAAAUGCCUGUAAUUCAUUAGUUUCUAUACAAUUAUUUAUAGAUUAAGCUUUACGUUGAGAUGAUCGAUGCCAAAGACAACUCAUCCGCAUACAUCGAAUGCUUCCCUUCAUUUGAUUUGGGUAAGAUGAUCGAACCGAAUGGGAUCAAUAUUUUCAAAUUGACACAAAGACUCAAAGAAUUAGGAAUUUCAUUGGAAGGCCGCACAAUAUCCUACUAUAGUUAUGACUGCGAAAUGUAUAUCAAUUGUGGAAUGGAUCCUGUUCAUUACUCAUACAUGAUUCCUUUCGAGGAGAUCAAAUUAAACAAUUAAUUACGAAUCAAAUGCCUUUAAACUGCCAUUUCCCUUAUACAUUUAGUCAUGUCUGAGGAAAUGAACGAGAAGGUCAAUAAAAUGAAGGAACAAGAUGGCAAUGAUCAAUAGAAUCUCUAACAUCAGGGCUAGGAGAACUAGAAGCAAUGCAGAAGAACAAAGGAAAGAAGGAUUGGAUACAUCAUAGAGAAGGUUUCAAAGUGGAGGGAAUACUACAGUGUAAGAAUUCAUCUCUACUCAAGGGCAUCAUGAUUGAUGGAGAGAGUUAACGAUUUACACUAGAAGAAGCUGCAUAAAAGGUUAAUAUUUCAAAAAAGAGUUUGGACGACUAUUUGUUGUAAAUAAGAUACGGUAGAAAAUUUGGAUUCAAUUUCAAUGAACACAAAAAUGAGAAAGUUGGAGUCCUAAGAGCCUUUGUUAAAAAGAACAACUGCCCCAAAAAGAAGAAGAUCAAGACAGAAUGAUUAUUAUGAAG